CGAGGAAGGAACUAACUCGACUUUGGGCUGCCCAUUGUUUCCUCUUUCGCAUCACUUGCGUGCUGGGUAAUCCUUCAACUAUCUCAAACUCGCUCCAGUGACCGCUUCCACGCCUCAAGCAAAGAAACAGGCAUUCACGGAGUCCUUUGAGUGCAGAUCUUUUGACAGUCACCAUGGCCUCAACUCCGCAACUUCCGUCGAAGGAUGAUCCUGACCACCCGCUCAACCUCCUUCCAAUCCCCGAGCUGAAGGCGGAUCUUUCGAACUUUAUGCAGUGGCGACAUAUUUUGUGUUUCCAUCUUCAGUACAAGAAGUUGACACGCUACGUCGUAGACAUCAAAUUCGACGAGUCUUCCACGGAGGAAGAGCGCCAGAUCCAGGAGAUGGAGGCAAUGCAUGCUUAUUCUCUCAUUGCUUCGAAGAUUGAGAACAUUGCCCCUCUCUUCGAAAAGGUCAUGGGAAGACAUUUCUAUCAAGCCGAUUCAGGACUAUUCCACCACGAGCCGGCCAAGCUUUGGGACGACAUCAUUAAGUUCCGGCGCCUCACUCGUAAACCCGAUGCUUAA